AAAUAUCGAUUAUCGUGUUUGAAACGGGCAGAGAAGACGAUGCUACAUGCUAGAAACGAUCCCACUCUGUUAUUCGGGGUUAGCAUGCUAGUAGCAGCUAGCCGUGACAGAACUGUAGACUCGUUUUCUGCUGCAGGUUUUGGUUUGAGCUGUGAACUGUCAGAGACGAACCGCAGGAGACUGGAGACAAAGCGUGUGACAGAACAGAGGGGGAGCUGUGAAUCUGGAGGUGAUGGCGCCCACACGGAUGAAGCUGCGUGUGCGUCGGCGUGAUAAUGCGGCCGGAGGUUCAGGUGCUGCAGCAGGAGGCGGUCAGCCGGAGGAAGAGGAGGAGAGGAGCCGAGAGAGCAGUGGUCGCAGCAGCAGGAGGAAGAACACCAACAACACGCCGACUACAGCUGCUGCUGCCUCCUCUUCAUCGCCUCCCUCCUCCUCGGCCGCAGCCUCGGCGCGGGCAGUGAUGGCGGCAGAGGAUGCGUCACCUGACUCCAAGUGCCCGAUCUGCCUGGACCGCUUCAACAACCUGGCGUACCUGGACCGCUGCCUGCACCGCUUCUGCUUCCCCUGCAUCCAGGAGUGGUCGCACAACAAGGCCGAGUGUCCGCUCUGCAAGCAGCCCUUCGCCUCCAUCUUGCACUCGGUCCGCGCUGAGGAUGACUUCAAGGAGUACACGCUGCGUCCGCCGCCAGCCAACAGCAGCGUCGCUGCCACUGUUGCAAUGGUGGCGGCGAUGGCUUCGGCGGCGAGGAGCAACCACCAGAUGAGGCUGAUGCUGAGGAGGCACAGAGGAGCAGAUGGAGGAGAGACUACCACACAGAGACGCAGGAGGGAGAGGGGAGGAAGAGGAAGGGGAGGCAGCAGGGUGGGGGAGAGGACGGGGGUGUGGGAAUGGUACCUGGACACUCCCCCACUCACUCUCCCUCCUCUUCCUCACCAUCCCACCGUCUCUCCGGUGGUUGCAGAGGACAGUGAGGAGGGAGAAGACCUGGAGGAGCAGACGAUGAGGGGAGGGGCUGCCCUGGCGGAGCGGGGGGUGAUAUUUGAGGGACUGACGGGGCUCGGGGGAGCGGCGGAACCUACGGCCCCCACUGACCGGGCCUCACGGCGGCUGAUGACUCGACUGGCGGCGAGGCAGCGGCUGCAGCGAGAAGGUGGAACUGUCCGGCGGCUGAGGGAAAGAGAGACGGUGGCAUUCCGUCGGACCCUCUACCGCAGUGGUAUACGAGUCCAUGGCGUCGCCGGGAUCGGUAACCAGGGGCAGCAGCAGCGUGACAUCACAGCAGAGAGCUUCCGCAGGAACCCUGUCCACCUGAACAGGCUCCGCCCCUGGUUGCAGCGGGAGCUCACAGUGCUGUACGGCGCUCAUGGCUCGCUGGUCGACAUCGUCCAGCGUAUCAUCAUGGCACGGCUCGCCCGCCACGGCUUGGAGGACACGCCUACAAUAGAAGAAGAGCUCCGACCCUUCCUAUUGGCCCGCACCGAUCACUUCCUGCAUGAGCUGGUCAGCUAUGCACGCUCGCCGCUCAGCCUGGAGAACUACGACCUGCAGGCGGUGUACGAGCCGCCAGCCGAGGCCAUGGAGGUGGACGGGACGAGCAGCUCCUCUGACAGCAGCUCCGUCAUCGCCAUCUCUGAGGGUGAUGAGGAGGAGAGGCGGCGGGGAGGAGGAGAGUCGGGGGAGAGGCUGCUGGGGAGGGCGGGAGGCGUUCAUGAUGACAUCAUCCAAACUGGAAGCUCCCUCAGCCUGUCAGCCUGGGAUGACGAGACUCCAGGCCCCUCCUACUCCACCGCCGAGCCCUCGUGUUCGCUCGCCUCGCUGUCAUUCAGCCCCGCCCCCCAGGAGACAGCCAAUGAGGGAGGAGAGAAGCGUGAGGAGGAGGGAGAGGAGGAGUGUCUGAUUGUUGGUUACAAGAAGCCGAUAGCGGAGCGGACUCCUGAACUGGUACAGCUCUCCUCUGACACCGAGGAGGAAGAGGAGAAGAAGAAGAAGAAGACGGAGGAGGAGGAAGAGGGAAACACGGCUGAGAAGCUUCCUCUCCUCCCCCCCACCACCCCCCCUCUCUCUUACUUACCCAUAAUCCCUCCCUCUACUUCAGGCGCCUACAGAGACGAACAGGACGACAAGCCGCAGGAGAAAGAUAGCGAGGUGGGCGAACACCGCUCACGUGCACGCUCCUGGUCGGGCAGCUCGGGAAGAAGCAGGAACUCUGUGUGCACGCUCAGCCCAGCGUCUCCCGGGCAGAGCGAGGGGCGGCGAGAGAGAGGGAGCUGGCGAGACGGAAAGCAGUGUGCCGGUGAGGCAGCGAAGGAGAAGAGGAGGAGGAAGAGGAGCCGAAGAGGGCGGGAGAGGAGCGGCGACAGACUGAAGAAGAGUGGCACCCUGUAUAACCCAAACCGCUCCAUUUAUCCCGCCAUGAUGCGUCAACGCUCCCACUCCCCCUCGCCGUUUCACUCCAGCGUGGAGUCUGGCUCGCCGCUGCCACCCAGCCCGCCUGACUCCGGCUGGGAGUAUCGCUGUUCCCAGGUCUCCCCCCUCACCUCCUCUGUCUCCUCCCCCUCCCGCUCCUCCUCCUCGUCGCAGCUCUGCUCCUCUCCACAGACGCCACCGACGCCGUCGCUGUCCCCCGGUGGCCACGGCAACGCUCACCACGGAGAAAAACCCGGCGGGAAGAGGAAGUACAAAAGCCGCCAUCUGGACAGCAACGACAAGGAUCCCACGUGGAGGCCGAGCAGCAGUCAUCGCAAGGAGAAGAGGAGGGAGCGGAGGGAGAAGGAGAGGAAGAGGAGGCGGAGAGACGAAGGGAGGAGGAGAGGCAGGCAGAGGAGGGACACAGGUGGAGACAGCAGCAGGAGGAGCCGAGACGACCGGAGUCCCAGCGUGGAGAUCAUCUAUGAGGGCACCAUCACCUCCAGCGCCACGCAACCGCCCGCCAGGAAACGACGCAGGAAACGUCACCGCAGGACUCAACAGAGCAGUUCUCCGGUCAUCAUCACCCUCGACAGCGACAGCAGCCACGACGACGUCAACACCAAGAACAACCACAGCAGCAGCAGCAGUCCGCUCAGCAGCCAGCAGACGGUCGACUUCUCAGACCUUCCUCCUCUCCCAUUGGUUCACUCUGCCGGCGUGGGCGAAGCCUUGAAUGCAGAGAUCGGCGAGCUUCCCGUCGACAUCCUGGACCGUGGAUCCGACGGGUCGGAGACCGAGCCGGUGGGCCAGUGUGGGGCUGCGGGUCCCAUCGCUAUUGACAACAGCGACAACAGUGAGCAGGAGGUGGACGUGGAAAAUGUCGACUCAGUGCUGGAGUCGGAUGAUGAUAAAGGACCAAUCAGAACAGCUGAUACUAACACAACCACUGCUGUCACUCAGAGAGAGGCGGGGACUGUGGGCGGACACACAACUAGCCAGAACGAUUCUGCCUCCACCACAACAAAUCUGGUUCCCAAAAGAAACUCUGAGGGCUCUGACAGCCGUCUGCUGGCUUCCAUCCUCAACGACCUGAAGGGAAUCUCUGCCCCUAAAUGUGAUCUUUCCUUGAACCUCGAGUCUAAUUCAUCAUCCGACACCAGGAGGAAGAGUUUCAGGGAUCAGUGUGAGGUCACUCAGGCUCGUUUACACCAGGACGGCUGGUCGGCUGAGACGAGUCCUGAUUUACCUGAGGAGCGGCAGUGUAACGACAACACAGACCAAAACCUGGGCUUUGACUUGUCAGCGUUUCAAACCUCCAUCCCUCCACUUCCUCUUCUCGAGCGAUCGAAGGAGUGUCGGGUCAGAGAGGAGGGCAGAGACCUCCCCCCACUCCUGAAACAGGCCAGUCCUGUUCGCUCUUACAACAGAAACACGCCGCCGCCAUUAAAACACAAGGAUGCUGGGAGUCCACACCUGUUAACCAUUUCUCCCAUUGACCUGUGCUCACCUCACGGCUCCGACGCCGACCCAGUCGGUGAAAAUUCUCAUGCUGACCUCAAUUCAAAUCCCACCAUCUCCCCCAUUGACUCUCAUUUAGGGGCUGAGCUGCCUAAAGACAACCAGGCUAUCCCCCCCAUCUCAACGCUGAAGAGACAUUUCACCAGCUCGUUGGCGCUGAGAGGAGCUCUGGCCUCAGCUCCACCCAUUGACUCCCAUCCACCUGCUCCAUCUAAAGCAGGAGCAUUCCAUUCCAUGAGUCACAAACCUCCCGCUGAUUCCCAUCCUCUUUCUGAUAGGAGAGCCGACUGCUUACCACGUCUGGACUUCAACGCCUUUCAUUCUCCAAAGUUACAUUCCGGCCUUGAAAGCACAAAAACAAUGUCUUCAGCUAUUGACUUGCAUCCUGUGAAUUCUUUACCGGCUGUGGAUUUCCAUUCGGCCAACACCAGCUGGUGGAAAGACAAGCCGGCUCACACUGACUCUACCUCCAGAGGUCACAGGAAUAAGACUCCCAGCCCAGAUUCCUGUCGAGCACCUGCUGACCUCCGUCCUAACAGCAGGGGUUCUGCUGAAGGAGCUCCGGCAGGUCGUGAUGUUUUCUCAGGAGCCAACUGUAACAACACUUCACCCCCUGUUUUUGCUCCUCCCACUGAUCCCAGGACUCGAUAUCCCUCCUCACCUGUUCACUCCUUCUCUUCUAGUCAAAGAGAGACCUUGUCAGAAAAGCUUUCCCCCCCUGGAAACCCCAAAUGUCCCGAUGACCUCCACCCCUCCAACGCAGCUCCAGAAGGACUGACGGACAAUAAAGCCUCGCCCGUAGUCAACCACGAGGAGCGACUGCCUAACGCUCACCUGCCUCCCGUUGAUUUGCAUCGUACAAGUCUUGUGCCGCCUGCCAAUGAUCAAUCUUGCUUUGUCAGCACCGUGGAGCCCUUGAACCACACAGCCUUACCAUCCUCUACCUUCAGAACAUCACAUAGAAAGUGCGGCUCGCGGUCCGAGUCGACCAUUGAGUCCCACUCAAAACUUCUCCGCCCCGCUGACUCCGAUUCAAAAGCUCACAACCACUUUGUGUCCAGCGCCGACCCACAGUUCCCCGUUCACGCCUGUUCCAAUCACAACACCUCCGUCGACUCCGAGCGUGAACCUCAGCCAACCGUCGACGCUCACUCAAAAAACCCUCACAGAGACUUUCAUCUCCCGGCAGACAAUCACAUCGCGUCUUCCCUCCAGAACUCAAACUCCUCCACCGACAGCCAAUCAGAGUCUUCGUCGGCCGUCGACGAACACUCGACCGGCGGCGUCUGGAACACACACACACACACACGCCUGACAUGAAGAGAUUUAAAAUGUUUUAAGGACUUUAUGGAUAAAAUAUAAAGAACGAAGUGCUGUUUUUUUUUUUUUUUUUUAAUCUCCUGUUGUUAUUUGUGUUUGUUUAUAAGAUAAAUUGUUCAUUUUAAGAUGUAACCUCUUUCAUCCCUGUGGCUGAGAUCAUGAAGCCGUUUGCUGUGUUUGUACGUAAGAACGUAUUUUAAACUAUUGUUUCCCAACGUGACUGGUAGUUUGUUUCUCUGGGACGAAGAGGAACACAGACGGAUCAAUAUAUCAGGUCAUCAGUACGAACAAUAAUGCAAAUUAAAGAGUUAAAUUUAGGUUUGAACAAGAGCAUAAUAUGAAAUGAUGAUGUUUGAAAUUGAUUUUGGAAUGAAAACAUGUUUGAUUUUGUUGAUAUGGUGAUAAUGAUUAUUGAUGAGUGAUGAGUGAUCCCAGCCACCUCUGGACGAGACACACGGAAAUAUUUAUGCCCACAAACUUAAACAGGCCAAAACAAACAUUAAAGGACUAUUCCAGAGUGAAUCCUGUUUCCUCCUGUUUGUCAGUCAAAUGCAGAAUAAAGAUGUGGUGUAAGAAAUGAAGGUGAUAUUAGUGUGAUAUUGAUAUAAAUUGAUCCAGGACACAGGUCACCACAAUUUCACCAGACUCCCUUUACAAAUCAGCUAAUUUAAGUAGUUGAGUAGCGUAAAGCUUUAUACCCAUUAUGAAACUGUGUCUCUGACAGAUUCUGACUCAUUGUGUCCUUGUUGUAAAUUCAGCAUUAAAUCUUUCAGCUGAAGUU